CCAUGUGCAGAGCGCCCUCCGGCCGACGCCCCCCGCCUCCUCCCGCGGCGCCCCAGCGAAGCCAGCCGGCCCCAAGCCAGCGACGGCGGUGCCCCCAUGGAUAUUGACCUGGACUACGAGCGCCCCAACGUCGAGACCAUCAAGUGCGUGGUGGUGGGCGACAACGCGGUGGGCAAGACGCGGCUCAUCUGCGCGAGGGCCUGCAACGCCACGCUCACCCAGUACCAGUUGCUGGCCACGCACGUGCCCACCGUCUGGGCCAUCGACCAGUACCGCGUGUGCCAGGAGGUGCUGGAGCGCUCCCGCGAUGUGGUGGACGAGGUCAGCAUCUCCCUGCGCCUCUGGGACACCUUCGGGGACCACCACAAGGACCGCCGCUUCGCCUACGGCAGAUCCGAUGUGGUGGUGCUCUGCUUCUCCUUGGCCAACCCCAACUCGCUGCGGCAUGUGAAGACCAUGUGGUACCCAGAAAUCAAGCACUUCUGCCCACGUACCCCCAUCGUGCUGGUGGGCUGCCAGCUGGACCUGCGCUAUGCAGACCUUGAGGCAGUGAACCGGGCGCGCCGUCCCUUGGCCAAACCCAUCAAACCUUCAGACAUCCUGCCCCCUGAGUGCGGGCAUGAGGUAGCCAAGGAGCUGGGCAUCCCGUACUACGAAACUAGCGUCGUGGCCCAAUUUGGCAUCAAGGACGUCUUCGACAAUGCAAUUCGGGCCGCCCUCAUCUCCCGCCGGCACCUCCAGUUCUGGAAAUCCCACCUGAAGAAGACGCAGCGGCCACUGCUGCAGGCUCCCUUCCUGCCCCCCAAGCCCCCCCCACCCAUCAUCCACAUCCCUGAGCCGGCUGCCGGGGAAGGCCGGGGGCCCGGCGCGCUCUUCCACGAGCCCCUUUGUGCUGAUGUGGUCUUCCACCUACCUGGCGGCCAACAGUUCUUUGCACACAGAGUCUACCUGGCCACGGCCUGCUCCCGCUUCUACGACCUCUUCGCUCUGGACUUGGGGGAGGAGCUGGCCGGUGGGAAGGAGCCCGCCGGGCGCACAAAGAGCUUGGAAGCUGCCGACCAGGGAUGCCUGGCCACAGCCAUGCGGGCUGUGCCGCUGCGGCCUUCUCAGAGCGAGGAGCCAUUGUGCGCCCCUGGGAUGCCUCGCCCGGUCUCUGGCUGGGGCCGGGGCAUAAUUGAUGUGCAGCGGGAGACGGUGCGGGAUCCUGUCACGCAGCAGGAGAAGCCAAUGACUGCCGUGUACCUGGAUGAGCCGGUGCAGGAGGCCCCCUUCAAAGUGGUGCUGGAGUACCUGUACACGGGGUGCCUGGACCAGCCCCCGGCCGGCCUCAUGCAGGUGGCCGCCAUGGCUGAACUGCUGGAGGUCUUCGACCUGCGCAUGAUGGUGGCCAACGUCCUCAACAAGGAGAGCUUCAUGAACGGCGAGAUCACCAAGGCCUUCCACGUGCGCAGGGCCAACCGCAUCAAGGAGUGCCUGAGCAAAGGCUCCUUCGCAGAUGUGGUCUUCCUGGUGGACGAUGGGUCGGUGCCGGCGCACAAGCCCCUCCUGCUCGCAGGCUGCGACUUCAUGGUGGCCAUGUUUGGGGGCACCUUCCGGGAGAGCCGUGCUACUGAGGUCUCCCUGCCAGGCACCAACCGCGCCUGCCUUCGGGCUGUGCUGGAGUUCCUGUACACGGAGCUGUUUGUGCCCAGCCCAGACCUGGACGCCAUGGAGCUGCUGGUGCUCACCAACCGCCUCUGCCUGAGCCGCCUGCAGGCCCUGACCGAACAGUACGCGGUGGACGAGCUGGUGCGUGCCAGCCUUCAGCAGGUGGAAAUCGACGCCCAGGUGAUCCUCUACCUGGAAAUGACACAGUUCCACAAUGCCCUCCAGCUGGCCGCCUGGUGCCUUCACUACAUCUGCACCAACUACAACAGCGUCUGCCGCCGGUUCCCCCGCGAGAUGAAGGCCCUGUCUCCCGAGAACAGGGCCCACUUCGAGAGCCACCGCUGGCCCCCCAUCUGGUACCUGAAGGAGGAGGACCGCUACCUGCGCAUGCAGAAGGAGCGGGCCCAGGAGGAGGAGGAGGCCCUCCGCAAGCAGCAUCCGCGCAGCAAGUGGUGCUUCUGGCGCCCCCACCAGCCCAGCCACGUCUCCUGA